CGCCAUUUUCAUCUUCUUCGUCGUCGCUGUUGUCGUCCUUCCGCUUCCAGCUGAAAUACCUCGCCCUUACAUUUUGCUUCUCUUGUUUUCCCCAUUGUACGUUCGUCGGAGGGCACCGGAAUGAGGAAAUUGCUGUGGCUGGUUCUUUUAGCUGGUAUUUUUUGCCACUUCGUGUUAGCUGACCAGAUCUUCCCAGCUCAAUUAGGUGGUACAUUUAGUCGCAACUCACGUGGACCGAAAUACAAUAUUGAAUUCCAUCCAGAGGACUCGCCUUACAACCCGGAUGAUGAUCAGGAAUCUGUGUUUAUGCCCAAUAAAAAUGGAAAGAAUUACAUGUGCUUCUUGCCUAAGAUGGAGAAGUCCAAGAGUGGAAAACCAGCUAUUCAGGUGAACGUGAGUAGCAUGAUUGUGGAAUCUGAGAAGCGUGUCAAAUUGAAGACUCCAGAUGAGCUGCUUGAAGCAUUAAAAGAGCAAUGUUUCGUCAGGCAAGAGGGUUGGUGGACAUAUGAAUUUUGUUACCAGAAAACACUACGACAAUUUCAUUUGGAGGAUGAUAAGGUAGUUCAGGAGUUUGUAUUGGGUGUCUAUGAUGCAGAGGCAACGGCUAAUCUCCAUGAGAAUCUCUCUGAUGUAUCUACUUUGAAGGAUCCUCGCUCAAAAGAUGCAUCCCAAAGGUAUCAUGCUCAUCAUUACACAAAUGGAACCAUGUGUGAUCUAACAAAUCAACCACGAGAAACUGAGGUUAGAUUUGUUUGCUCGGAGCCCAGAGCCAUGAUUAAUUCUAUCACAGAACUAUCAACAUGCAAGUAUGCACUUACAGUGCGAUGCCCAACGCUUUGCAAGCAUCCGUUAUUCCAGGAAGAGAGACCAGUGUGGUACACCAUUAACUGCAAUGUGCUCCCAGAAGAUUACAAGGAAACAGAGCAGACUGAAGAAUUAGAUGAUGAGAUUGUCAUGGUUACCGACGUCAAAUAUCCAAAAAAUGAAUCGGAUGAGUGAUGUGAAUAUUUUUAUCUUAGAACUUUUAUCAACCAAACUAACCUUAACAAAAAAAGAAGCUGUUCCUCUGUAGAUUUGAAUUCUUUUCUCUUGUGGAGAUCAUCAAUCCAUCAGUUUUCUUAUGGUUUAGUCAGA